GACAGUUGCUACCUUUUAUAGGUACAGCACCUGACCUGGAUGUUUUAAUAGUCAUGAAAAUUUGAUCAUGCCUUGAACACGGAUAAAUACCAUCUGAAGAAUUCUGCAAUCAUUACCAACAAGAGAAACUCAGCUGUGUGGAAUCGAUGAUGUUGAGAGCUUGCGCUAUGGUGGAUAUGACAGAUUGUUUCAUGUGAAGGGAUUAGUAUCCAUUGCGAAGUGUGUUCUGGAGCUAAUACUGUGGAUAUGUCAUGAUGAUGGCACACUGGUACAGCUUGUCAUGACAGGAAGAAGAGAGAACUGGUGACAAGGUACAAUUAACGGAACCUGCUUGAAGUCGCCUCUUCCAGACAUCAGCUCCAAGGCGUCUUCAACCCAUUUUGUUCAUCGGAAGUAUUUACAAGCUGAGUCAAUAACGGAAUCACAGACCGGAGCUAGAAGAGUGAUAAUGUAAUUUCCAGAUCACUACCUUACACACAAAUGUGCUCUCCAAGGAACGACUGACGCAAUGAAUAUAAUGACACACGCUGAUCAUUAGCCAAUGUCCUGGGUAACACUGUGCAAAUGUGCACCAAUUCAGGUGUGGCAAGUGACAUGUUAAAAGCUGGAGAAAAGCUUACAAGAUACACUGGCUGUCAGGAAAGUGAGGAACAAUGCUUCUGUGACGUGUACAUAAGCUAGAAAGGAGAACGAGAACUUUUAUGAUUAAUGAUCAGCAUGAUAAAGGUUGCCUAAAGAGGUCAUGUAUUGAUUCCCCGAAGCAUGAUGCACAAACAAUUUGUUUGGUUAUUUUGACCACGGUAAUUUCACUCCGGAAUGGAUGUCACCAAAUCUAUGUUCUUGAUUCGAUGGCGGAUCAAAUCUCCUGACUAAUAUCGUAUUGCACUGGUUUUUGCGAUGGAAAAAAACGAAAUGUUGUUUCUUCACGAAUGGUGUCUGGCACAUGCUGUGCAAAAUCGACAAGAACGAUUUUAGCGUGGGGCAGAAUGUGAAAUAGUGAAUUGUUAAUGGUUAUUUUCCCAGUGUGCGGCAACAACGCAGCUACUUUAGAACCAUAAACAUUUCCUGAUUCUGAGGUAAUGAGGGAUGUUGACAAAGUUCGUUUUGAUGAAUAGGACACGUUCAUGGUGUCACUUCUCGUAUAAGGAUUGAAUCAUACAGCUGGAACGUCAGGGCUUUGUCUCAAGAGAUUACAAGGGUUUGAUGAUAUUUCAUUUGAAAUCCUUUCACCAGAAGCUGAUACAACGUCUAAUAUUUGGAUACUACCUCGACAAUGGCCACAUGUACACCAGCGUCAUAUCCUACAGCUCAUCCACAGUGUAUGGUUUGAAAACUCGAUGAGUAAAACUGAACCACCAAUAACAUAUAUUACUUCUCGGAGUCAGAGGUUUGAAUACAACAUCGGUGCUGAACAAGUGUCAACCACUAUAAGCAUCAAUUCAGAGUGUGGGGUUUUAAGACAACACCUUUGAUGAAAUAUUGCCAAAGAUGUUACCGCUCACAGCGUCUACUAGCACCAAUGGAGAUCAAAGAAAUUCAUUUUAAAUGUACUGUUCAUAGCGUGAGGUUUGGAAACACACAAGCCAAUGAUGAAAAUUAAACCAUCAUUGCAAUAACUUUUCAGUUCAUAGUGUGAGGACACAAUCGUUGAUGGUAUGUGAUCCGGCAAUAAUAUCACUAUAUGAUCAUAGUUUGUUUGUUUUUUGACAUAGCACAUUGGUAAUAAGAAAUGAAGCGACAUCAGCCUCUGUGACAAGGUAUGUUUUCCAACUGGCGAUAUAGCGUGAACGAUAGUUGUGUUAAUCACUCCACGACUCAACUAACGUCAGCACGGUUGUUACAAGUGCAAUGAAGUUUCUACACAGCUGCCUUCUUCUCUCCGUCCACCUCCACUUUGUCCUGCCUCUUCUUACGUACUACAUGACAGAAUGGUGCUCUAUGAGUGUGCUAGAUAUGAUGAACCGUCCAAUCUCAGCAGGGAGGCUGCGUCUCACGUACGAGAAUGAACGAUACCGGAAGGACAUGGCUUGCACGAUGUCCAUCCGGACACCUGCUGACCAUCACCUGAUGGUCAGGUUUCUUGACAUGGAUCUCGAAGGGUUCAUGUCGGAGGGCUGUGAGUCUGAUUACUUGAUCCUCUAUGAUGGUCCGGAUGACAAGAGUCCUUCUAUGGAUAAUCACAAAUAUGUUGAGCAAUAUACAAAAACUCCUAUAACAAACAAAUUAUGUGGGUCUCUCACUCCUCGUGCAACGUUUGUCACCACCGGCGAUGUCGUCACGUUUGUGUUCCACAGCGACGUAACAGUUGAAUACAGAGGAUUUGACCUCAUUUUUACUGCAUUCCAUACUGGCAAAUGUGACACGACCGAGUUCAGAUGUGACAACAAACGUUGCAUCAACACCAGCCUCCACUGUGACAACUUCAACAACUGUGGCGACUACAGCGACUGGUGCGGCCCCAGCACCAUCCUCAUGGUCCUCAUCAUCGUCAUCUGUGUCACAGUCUUCAUCCUCCUCGUCUCGUCAGUCAUCAGAUGUGCAUGUAAAGAAAAGGUUCGCAAGUUUUCAAAGAGCGGAUCAUCGGGGGCUGAUAAUGACCUCAUCACGACCAGUACGGGCAUGCGCGUGUCUUCCUUCCGGGGUCUCUCAGGACGUAGGUCAUCAAGCAGUUCGAACUUGUCUUCAGAGCCUCUUGCACAGCAGGAACCGCUCCUAAAUGAAAGUCAAAGUAGUGUUUGACACAGACGGGCCCGUACUUAAACAGGAAGACUCUUCCGCUGCGUUGUGUGAAUGUUGUGCAGCGAGUGUCACGUGAAGACCUGUCACUACCAAUCUUGAGAGAUUCAGCUAUAUUUCUUUACCCGGCCCCAUUGAAUUGGAAAUUGACAUUUGACACACAAAAUGGACCAACAUAGAUGGUACUCCAUUUGGGUGUACCUUAAUGGCGUUCAGAAUUGCCAUGGUGUGUGAAAUACACGCAAACAUGUGCGGCCUAUAUUAUUUACAUUUGGAACUGACUGUGUACAGCUGGUUAGGAGAUGCACAUUAUCUCACUCAUUCCGAGAAUUCCUAGGCAUUCAUUUUGAUUGACUGAUUAAAGGGUUUACUUGGGGCAAAAAGAUGGACAAGGUGUCAAAAAUCUCACGCAGAGAAAUUUUGUGAAUGGUGAAGAAUUAACUAAAAUGAGAUUCCACCCUACACUUCAAACGAGAUCGAUGCCCCUUCCUUAUGACACAGCAAAGCCUGAUUUCACUCGGUAACGUGUGAUUACCCCUAAUGUCAUGUUCCUGUUGGUACACGUCACUCG